AUGGAUAAUGAAUUAUGUGAUGUAACUUUUCAACUUAAUAAGAACUUACCGGAUCGUUGUCAGUCAAACAAUGAAUUGAAUAAGUUAGACAAAUCAAUUCUUCUUCAGAAAACUGAAGUCUCAAAUAAAUUUAUAAAUUAUAUAACAAAUACUAUUGAUAACACAAUAAAUCCAAUGGAUGAUUCAAAUACAGACAGGAGAAAAGUCACAAUUAGUGAACCAUCAGAUAAGCUAAGUCAAGAUAUUCAAUUAAAAGCUGAACAAAUUCUUACUGAUUUACGUUCAUUACCAUUGAAUUAUCCUAUAAAAAGAAAAAGAAAGCCUAAUAUGAAAAAUUUAAGUUCAACUGCACUUAAUAAAAAUAAACAUGAAGAUGAUGAAAUCGGAGAUCUAGAUGAUAAUGAUGUAACUGCUCUAUUAUCUGAUGGUGGAGAUGAUGAUAGUGAUGAUGAAUAUAAGGCAACAUCACAACUGUUAAAUGAUGAUAAUCAAAUGAAAUCACCGAAUAGAACUAGUUCCAAGAAGUUUGAAAAUAUACAACAUAAAUCUAAUUUAUUAAAUAUACGUUGUGAUAUGUUACAAAAAUAUAUUCAUUAUUUAGAAGCACGUAAAUGUUCAUUAGAACAUUCUAUUAUAGAAUUAAAUCAAUAUUUUGAAAGAAAUCAACAACAACAACAACAACAACAAAAUAAAAGAAAAGAAAAUGAAUGUAAAAUAGAUUCACAACAAUUUGAAGAAAUACUUACAAAUCAAAGUAUUGCAUUAAUUAGAGAAAAAGAACAAUCUACACAAUAUCGAUUAAAAUAUGAAUCAGUUGAAGCUGCACGUUUUGAAUUAAGUCAACAACUUCAAUUAACUUCAUCUGAAUAUGAUGCAGAUAAGAGAUUUUAUCAAAAACAAAUUAAACAAUUAGAAGAAGAAAUUCAAGAACGUAUCAAUAAAGCGAAUGAUAUUAAAUAUGUUAAUGAACAAUUACAAAAUGAAAUAUUAAAUUUCAAAAGUCAAAUAAAUUCCCUUAAAGAGGAAUUAAAACAAAAAGAAUAUGAAAUGAAUAUGAUUGGUCAGUGUUAUGAUCAGAAAAUUAAGGAAGAAAAUGAACAACAUGAAUUAGAAAUUGUAAAAUUACAAAGAGAAAUAACCGACCUAUCAGAUAGAACUUCGAAAGCAUCUACAAAAUCUGAAUAUGAAAUUGAUACAUUAAAUACACAUUUAAGGAUAAGUCAAAAUAAAAUUCAUGAUUUAUUAUGUGAAAAAGAAUAUCUCUGUAAACAACUUCAAGAUAUUACUCAUAAAUUAAAUAUUAGUAGUCAAGAAAAAGACGAACUACAAAAGAAAAUGGAUAGUGAGUUAUUGAAAACAAAACAAGAGAAGGAAAGUGAAUUCAUGGAAAUUCAAACAAAUUUAAAAGAUCAUAAAAAUAAACUAAAUGAAAUUCAACUAAAAUAUGAUACAGAUAUUGAAACAUUGAAGAGGAAUCAUGAAGUAGAAAUUGAAAAAUUAAAAAUUGAUUUGAAAGGAAAUGAAUCUUUGAACAAUCAACUUAAGUGUUAUAUCAAUACAUUGGAAAAUUGUAUUUAUAAUUCAACACAACAGAAACAAUUCUGUGAUCAACAAAUACAAACUAAUAUAUGCUUAAAACCAAUAGGAUCAAAUGAAGAGAGUCAAAAAUCAAACAAUUUGAAAGAUAUUUCUUCUGAGCCUAAGGUCCCGUCGACUAACUUCCCGAUUAUUAAUAUGAAUAGCAAUUCGAAUUUGAAAUAUUUAACGAGUGUUAAUAAAUCUACAGAGACUAGUCCUGCAUAUUUAGAUUCAAUUAUGAAUAAUAAAAAUGUACAAUUGUCAAAACAUAAAGAUUAUCAACAGCUUAUUGAUAAUUAUGAAAAUAAAUUAUCACAUUUACACUUUUGUUUACAUCAAUUACAUCAUGAUUAUGAUUCAUUAAUUCAUUUAUUUAAUAAUACUAUUUAUGGAAUAAUUAAAUUUGGUAAUCGAGAAUGUAAUCGUUUUAGUAAAUUAUUAAAUAUAUCUCAUCAAGAAAUUGAAAUUCCUUCAUCAUUAUUACAUUCAAAAUUAUUUUAUCCAUUGAAAACAUUGAAUCAAAAUGGAAGAAUUUCAAAUUUAACUGAGAAUACUUUAAUUAUCAAGAGUUGGAUAAAUCCAUUGAUAGAUGUAAUUGGUAAAUUAUCAGCAUAUUGUAUAAGAAUAUGUGAUUUAAUUGAAUCACAACAAGAUCAUUUAGAAUGGCAAUCAGAAAAUGUUAAUGAACUUCGUGAUAUAACUAGAAAACAAAUUGAAAUGCAAAAUAAGCAAUUAAUAAGAACACGUAAAGCUAAUUUGAAUCGUUUAAGAAGUUGUUUAAAACAAAACCAGCAUAAUCCUUCAUUAAAUGAAGUAAAUAGUAUUUUAUCAAAGGAUCAUUCUGAUUCAUAUCCUAUGGUAUACACUAAUGGUAAUUCAGAUAAAAAUAUUGGAUCAAAACUUGAUUACAAUAUGUCUACAUUAAAAAAUUCAAUGUAUCCACUUAAAUCAGUCGAUUCGAAUUUAUACUUCAAUGAUAAUAUGAAUAAACUAAUAGAAACACAACAUCAUGGCUAUUCUCCAGUAUCUGGAGCGAAUGGAUCAUUUAAUAAAUCACCUCCACCGCGUCUACUUCAUAAAAAUAGUAAUAUUUCUCCAUAUGAAAAUAUUAAAUGUUUCAAUAAUAGUGAAAACUCAUAUAAUCAAGAUGGUCAGUUUUAUUCACCCAAUCUUCUUUGA